AUGCCUGGUGUGGAGCCCAUGGUGCGGGCGGAGCCGUCGCGUUGGCUCGAGCCGCACGGGUGGGUCUGGCUCUCGGGCGAGAAUGAGUACGUCCGGGUGGCCGACACAUGGCUGGCGGUGCCUGGCGGCGGCAUGGCGGUCCUCGCCCACAAGUUCCGCCCGGUGGAGACGCUCAACUCGGGCAAGAUGCGGAACCACAUGUUCCGAUGCCCAUGCUGCCCGGUCACGGCUCCGCGCAAUAUGGGCCGCCACAUCAAGACCCAUCACAUUAGAAACAACCGCCUGGUCAUCACCGAUCACGAGCAUCAUCUCCUCGAUCCCACACCCACCACCGCCGGCAAGUCCAAGACCUCCUCGCACGACAUCCUGCUGUGUGUCGAACAGGCUCGUGCACUCGCCGGCUUGCCCACCGCGGCUCCGUUGCCGCAGCGCCCGUCGCUUCAUCUCGACACGUUUCCGUUUGACCUCGCCUUUGACGACGAGCCCGUGCCUGUCCGCGCCAGCCAUACUCCGGCCUCGCUCUCGGUCACGCCCAUUCCCUCCAUGGAGCUCUCGCUGGCCCGUGGCUCGGCGUCAUCGAGUGCUCCACCGUCUGGCCUCUCGGCCUCGGCCUCGACGUCGACGGCCUCGCACGCCGCACCGCCGCACUCGUCGCUCCUCCUCGACUUUCACGAUCUGGAUCCGCUCUUCAAGUUUGGCGAUCACUCGGCGCUGCCGCGCGGUCUCGCAUCCAUGGGCUAUCCGACCGAGGCGCCGCCGGUGGACUGGACCUUCUCGGCCGAGCUGGAUCCGCUGCCGCUGGCCAUGGCCACUGUCCCGUCGUCGCCGGGCGAGCCGACCUUUGACGCGCCCGAGACAAGCCGGUUUGUCGACGCCUCGCGCCCGGGUGAGCUUGCAUCCGCUCUCGACCGCAUCGCGUCGGGCGCCGGACAUGCACAGAGCCCAGUCCGGGUGCGACUGACAGCGUCGCAGCCGACUGUCCGCGCGCGUGUGGUUGUUGCCGUCGCACGCGCUGUUGCCGCAUCGGGUGCCACGCUGGAGGCUAUCUCGUCGCAGCUGGCGGGCGACUCGCGGCGGAUGUAUGUGUGCGUCGACAUCGGCCCGCCACUUGCCCGCCCUGCCGCGCUUGCCGCCGCGCUCACCAGCAUUGCGGCCGGCAAUCUGGAGGCAGACAUUGUGCCGCAAGAGCCGCCGCUACCACCGCCGGCCAUCCUCGUACUACAGCGGUACGUGCUGGCCAAGACCUGCAGCGACGGCGCGCUUGCGCACUUUGAGGCUCUGCAUGCCCGGUGUGCCGCGCUCCUCGGUUGCGUCUCGGCCAAGCUGUGGCUCGAGCCGGCGCCCGGUCCGCACGCGAACGACGAUACGCCGGCCAGCUACGUGCUGCUCUCUAGCUGGCGCUCGCGGAGCGCGUGGCAGCGAUGGCUCGCCCAGCACAAUGCCUCGCUCCUCCCUACCAUUGCGCAAAGCCUUGCCGGCCCGGUCGAGACCCGCAUUCUCAACUCGGGCAAACGCAAGCGCAGCGCCGACAGUCUCUCGCCUGCCGGCGGCCUCCUUGACGACGGCUUGCUGCCACCCGGCAAGCGGCGAUCGCUGCUCCCACAUCUGUAG